AUGCCAUGUCGGCAAGGUUCCCCGCUCAAGGAGGCCUUUGAGAAGAUCGAUAAGCUGUUGUCGGGACGUCCAGUGGUGACGGCUGGAAAGAGUGUGUCGACGUCGCAGCAUCCGCAGGGUUUGGAGUUUGUCAGUUACAGACUGGCGGAAAAGUUUGUGAAACAAGGCGAAGAGGAGGUGGCGUCCAAUCAUUCGGCAGCGUUCCCCAUCGCCGCUGUGGCGUCAGGAAUAAUGGAAAUGCAUCCUAAAAUUGGGGACCUUAUACUCGCCCACCUCCACAAGAAGUGCCCGUAUGCUGUGCCACACUACCCACCCAUGGAGCGUGGCACAUCUGUGGAGGAUUACCAGAGGAUUCUGGGAUACCGUGUGGACAACUCUAAAGUGGAAGGGCCGGACAGCUUCCUGAAGAGAAUGUCUGGGAUGAUUCGUCUCUAUGCGGCGAUAAUCCAGAUGAGAUGGCCUUACACUGGCAAACAAGGGCCUCAUCCUCACGGCUUGAGUCACGGCUGGCGCUGGCUGGCCCAGAUCCUCAACAUGGAGCCGAUCGCUGACAUCACAGCAACUAUCCUCUUCGACUUCCUGGAGGUCUGUGGAAAUGCCCUAAUGAAACAAUAUCGCGGCCAGUUCUGGAAACUGAUAUUGCUUAUUAUCGAGGAAUACUUCCCAAGAAUUGAAGCGGUCACCAGCAUUGGUCAGAUGGGCUCGGUAACCAGACUCAAACAGUUUCUAGAGGCGUCUUUACGAACCAAGCAGAUUGCGCCUCCCCAGAGCGAGCUGGGCUCUGCCUUCUUCAGGUCCUGAGGGAUGGAAGUGUGUGGAAAUAUUCUAACCUUAACUAUUCUAACGCUAACACUGAAGCGAAGUACUAGCAAUGGACACAUGUGUUCAUGUAAGAGUAGAGGAUUCGUUUAAUAGAGCAUCAUGCCAUCCUAACUUUAAGUUUGUUUUCAUUUAUCUGAGCAUGUAAUUAUAUGAUGUUCAAAUACAUGUGGGUGUCUCAAUAUAUCCAGUCAAUCUCAAAUUCAUGAAAAUAAUCCCCCAACCCAAGUUUAUUAUCUGUUUUAGACUAAUGAUUGUUAACUGUAAUCAGUUUCCCCUAAUUUUUGGACUAUGAUGGAGUGUAAUAUAAGAUGAAAUGCACUGUAUAUUGAUGUGGAUAUUUAUGAAUUUAUAUGGCAUUAGGAUUAAACAAUUACACCAAGUGUA